AUGACAACCACUAGCGUUGCCAUGCACGAAUCUCGGCCCGUGGUCAAACUAAAUGAAACAACUUCAACAGAGCCGCCCGCAUCUAACAAGAGGAAAGCAUCCGACACAUUAAAGGAUGGUGCUGCACAUCGCCAGAAAAUCACCAGAGCUUGUGACUCGUGCAAAAUAAAGAAAACCCGGUGUACUGGUACUCUACCGUGUACAAGAUGUACACGCCUGUCACUACCAUGCAGAUACAACGCCGCAUACUCUCGGGGACUACCACCAGACCCUCUUCCUGCAUCACCGAGUCCAGUUAGUCCACUUUCAACUUCGACUGCGCGUCGUGCAUUUGUGGACGGGGUUGGGCGCACGUCCAGCCCCAAUCUACAAGCCAACGGUCGGGACUCGACUAUGACUGACAAUCUACUUUCAACCCAAACCCAAAACCAGCAUGUGUCAUCGCGAAACUCACCAGAGCCAGGAUCAACUGAUUUUGAGGGUAAUUACCUCGGUCCUUCAUCCGGUGUUUCAUUUAUCAAUCGUGUAUGGAGCCGUCUGCAUCAUGACGAAAGGACGCACUAUCCGGAUGAACUCCAAAAUGAGUCCUCGCGGAAUACAGCUGUCUUUAUGUUUGGCGAUAAACCUUAUUCCAAUCCCCAAGAAGCGGAGUUUACCCUCCCGUCUCUGGAAAAGGCACUGGAGCUGGUGGGGAUUUACUUCGAUUACUCUAUGGUGACUUAUCGGUUUGUGCAUAGGGGCAAUGUGGAAGAGUGGACUAGACAGGUUUACCAAAAUAACAUCGGCCUCUCGAAUCUCCCGGUGGGAAACAUGGUUGCUCGGACUGCUAUCGUCCUCAUGAUUAUUGCUGUGAGUACUUUGUACAUGGAAAUGAGACCCCGAGGAAUACCUGAUGGGCGGGGCGAAAGGCUAGAAAGUGAGCGCUGGUAUGCAGCAUCGAAAUACAUGUCUUCUCUCGAGUCAGGGCCGCCGCGACUGGAAACCAUCCAGGCCCGGCUGGGCCAAUGCCUCUAUCUGCUGUCAUCAUCACGGGCCAACGAAUGCUGGUACUCAUUCGGCACGACAAUGCAGAUUGUGACUGCACUGGGAUUGCACAGGAAGUUGCCGGCCAAAGCCUCGAAUAACGGGUGCUCAUAUCUAGAACUGGAGCUCCGCAAGCGCAUCUUCUGGAGUGUAUACACUCUAGACAAAUAUCUAAGCAUUAUGUUCGGAAGACCUCGACUGCUCCACGAUGAGGACAUCGACCAAGAAUUACCGGACGAGACGAACGACGAAGACUUACUGGAAGAAGAUCCGACGCGAAGAACAGGAUCCACGGACAGCAUGAUGAUUGCCUCUGUUCUUCAUUACCGACUCGGUCGUAUCCUGGGCGAUAUAUCCCGUCAACUAUACAGCAUAAACACCCUCUCUCGAGAUACCCCCCUCGAGACCGCAAUCCGCCUAACCUCGGAACUUGAAAAAUGGAAAGAAACUGUUCCACCAUUAUUCAACAGUGUCCACCCAACCAGUUUAAUCCCACCCCUCUGCCGCCAAAGCCAAGUCCUCCAACUCGCCUACUCGCACGCGAUGAUCCAUGUCACUCGCUCAUUCCUCUUGAACGACUUCACAGACCUCAGCCGCAGACCGAAAGUCCCACACCCGAUGGUCAGCUCGCACGUCCAGAAGUGCAUCCAGGCUGCCGAGAAUAUCAUGACAAUAACCGACGGUCUCGCGCAUCAGGGCGUGCUGAUCCAGUCCUUCUGGUUCACGCACUACGUGUGCUUCUGUGCUGUUUUGGUCGUUUACAUCCAUACCAUCCAACAGCACCGUAAGUCACUAGUCGGAUCUAGCUCGGCGUCUGUCUCCUCAGUCGGGAGCCCCAAUGACCCAGAUAAAUUGCACCAGCUCUUCUCUCUCGCUGAAUCUUGUCAGCAACAUCUUGCUGAAGCCACGCGCAAGAACUGUCCGAGUCGUCGCUACGGAAUCAUUCUGGAGGAGUUGAGACAAGAGGUUCAUCGGCAGAUUGGUUCCAGUGGGCUCUCUGUUGAAAGUCGGCCACAUUCUUCUAAUGAAAACGAUAUUCCGUAUGUCUCGGGAGACGGUUCACAGAAUUCGGAUGCAAAAUCGGCGGUUGAUUUCAUGAUGCAACCAGCCGAUUUGGGGAUGAAUGCGGGGGACGAUGCAGGCUUCCUUGAGAGCCUCGAAGGUUCAAUCUGGUGGGCUCAACUUGACUCAUGGGCCUUUUCCAACCUCCCUAAUGACCCCUCUACAUUUAACUUUUAA